GAUACUUGCGAAAUGAAAAGUUGGAAAGAUCAUUUAAAUAAAUUUGUACCAACUAGUGCAUCACAGGACAUUUUCCGUACGGUCAAUGAAAACCCAUGUGUUUUAUUAACAAGCUCCUUUGGAUCGGGAAAGACUGCAAUUGCAAUAUACAUAGCUGACAAGCUUGAAAAAGAAGGCUAUACAAUAAUAUUUGUUUCCUCUUCAGAAGAAAUCGUUAAACGCUGUUAUCCAAAUCAAAGACAACUCUUUCUUCUUGAAGACCUAUUUGAAAGACAGCGUCCCAAAAUAUGUGAUUUUACUGACCAGUGUAGAAAUCAUUGGUCAGCAAUAAAUGCAAUAUUUAUUGAAAACAAUCAUGUUAAAGUACUAAUAACCUGCAGGACAUAUAUUUAUGAAAUGAAUGUGGAAUACUUUACCGAUGUUAGAAAAUAGCGUUUCCUUAGUUCAUAAAGAUCUCAUGUCAGAAGACCUACAAUUGAGUUUGGAUGAACGAAGAAACAUUUAUAAGUAGUACUUUGAAUCAAUAAUACCAGAAUCGAUUUCUAAGGACACCUUAUUGCUGUACCAUUUUUAUCCUUUAAUCUGUUCGUCCUAUGACAAAGGCAAUUUUGUAAAAUAUCUCGGACAUCCUGACAAAAUAAUUCGUGAUAAAGUUAAUGACAUUUUAAAAAAUAAAGAUAUUAGUUUUCUUGUUUUAGCGAUUCUUGUCGUCUUGAAUAAUGAAGUUGAUAAAAAAAUGCUUUCUGAUGCAGUUCAGAAUGAAACAAAAGACUUUAUUCGAGACAUUUUUGAAGAAUCUGGUUUCAAACAAUACCCAACAAAACAUGUUUUGCUCAUGUCAUUUACUUCUUUACAUGGAGAAUUUACAAAGUGCAAUGGAAACGUCUUUUCUUUUGUGUCUACCGAAUUAUUUGACAGUGUUGCAUCAUGUAUUGGAGGAUCAUUUAUUCAAAGUAUCCUGAAAUACAGCAGUAGUGAAUUUAUCAUGGAAAAACUCCAACUAUAUUCGUCACAAGAAGAUAAUUGUCCAUAUUCUAUAAAAGUACCACAGGAUAUGGAAGAUUAUUUUUAUCGUCGUCUUACAUCAGAUAUGAAUAGGCGCCAUUUUGUUGAUAUUUUAAGUAAUAAACUGUUCGAAAAUGCCGCUAACAGGACACAAUUCAUCAAGUAUUUAGAAAAACGCGUGAAAUCAGAGAAUCUGGUCGACGCUACAACUGGGUCAACAGUUUUUCAUAUUGUUUCAGCAUUAGGAUAUUCAGAUUUUCUGAAACAUUUUUUAGAAUUCGACAACUGUCAAAAUAUAAACACCAGAAAUUUCAAGGGAAGAACAUCUCUUCAUUUAGCAAGUAAAAACGGAAAGAUGCAAUGUGUUGAAUGUUUAUUACAACAAAAAGUUGUCUUGGAUAGAAUUGAUAAAAUGGAUAAGAAAGGUAGAACUGCACUUCAUUAUGCAUGUAGAGCAGGAGAUAAAGAUAUUGUUAAAUGUCUGAUAGGAAGUAAAGCAUCCACAAAUAUAGUAGACAAAAAGAGUAGGACACCACUCCAUAUAGCGUGUAUAAAGGGAUUUUUAGAUACAGUCAAAUGCCUUGCUGAAAAUAAAGCAAAUAUCAAUGAAUCCGGCAAAGAUGGCAAAACCCCGCUUCAUUAUGCAUGUGAAAACCGUUUUGGUAAUAUUGUGAAUACCUUAAUUAUGGAAAAUGCUAUUGUCAACAAACCUGAUGAUCAAGACUUAACACCUCUCCAUAUUGCUUGUACAUAUGGGUAUGAGGAAAUAGUGAAACUAUUAUUGGACAAUAAACCAUUGACAAAUAUUAAAAACAAACAAGGACAAACAGCAGUGAACAUUGCUAUCCAAAAAGGAUUUCAAAACAUAUCAAAAUUAAUAAUAGACUCAUCAUAGA